GCGGUGCUUCAAGUGCGCCGGGGAAUUCUACGAAUAACGUUCCAUUUCUUCACAAUCGAUUUGGACAGCCACUGUGUGCUGGCCAGAAAUUUGAAACACGUGUGUCGAAACUACUUUCGUAUUGUUGCUUAUCACGACUACACGGACGACGACACUUGAAGGCACAUGACACUGAUAUGAGCGAACGAUGAAAUGAGACGCACUCAUAUAUGAGAAUCUCAGGUAUCCUGGAGUGACAAACCGAUCGUCGUUCUCUGAAACUACACUCCCUUUCACGGACACCUCCGGAAGACUCCUGCCAUGAAGGCUAUCCUGGUGAUCGCUCUGAUCGUUUGCCUCGCUGCAGAAUCAUACGCGGCAAUUCCAGUACGGCUAGCCUGCCUGCUUCCACCAAAACCUGGACGGUGUAUGGCUUACAUCCCGAGGUUCCACUACAGUCGGGCUGCUGGCACUUGCAGACAGUUCGUACACGGUGUUUGUGGUGCCAACGCAAACAACUUCAGGUCAUUCAACGAGUGUAUGGCUGCCUGUUCGAGCACCAGACGUUGAAGCGACAAACCCUCGUUUGUCAACCGAAAUUGCCAGGAUUGCUGCUUUUUGAGACACAAUAAACGAGUGAAACCUCAAUCCAUCCCUUUUAGGACAAUGUUGUAUCUAACUCAGUUUGCCGAUGCAUACAUUUUAGUCUACUGCUUCGGCUAUCAGUCGACAUGUGAAUAAAUUUUCCAUUGGAAUUUCA